AUUAGGUAGAGAAUUUCAAGUUGUGGUUAUUACGCGUUGGGUCAUUUUGGAUAGAGUCUGAAAAUCCCAGAGAUUUGUUUGACAGGAGAGAAGUUUGGCUUUAUUAGUUGAAGCUUCUUAGUUUCAGCCCAAGGCAAUUAUCACAAUCUGUGGGCAAGUUGUGUGUAAGCAGAGAAGAACCGGAUGGAGGAGAAGAAACAGAGUUAUCCUCCUCACUUCGUGCUGGUCCAUGGAGCUUGUCAUGGAGCGUGGUGUUGGUACAAGGUUGUUCCUUUACUGAAACAAGCUGGCUACAAAGUGACCUCUCUCGACUUGGCCGCUUCUGGGAUCCAUCCAAAGCAGGUUACCGAGCUGGGUUCGAUCACGGACUACCUCGCGCCCCUUAUGGAGUUGAUGUCUUCUUUAGCAGGAGAACCAGAGAAGGUGAUCUUAGUUGGACAUAGCUACGGUGGUGUUGGGAUAUCUGUUGCAAUGGAAAAGUUUGCAGAGAAAGUAGCUGUUGCGGUGUUUGUAGCGGCUAUUAUGCCAGCUCCUCAUCCUGAUGCCAGCUACUCUGUUUCGAAAGAAGAGUAUUUCAAGCGAAUAGAUUUCAUGGAUAGCCAAUUCUCAUUCCAAGAUGGUCCAGAAAAUCCUCCGACCAGCAUGUUAUUUGGACCCAAGGCGAUGUCAACUAAAUUGUACCAGCUCUCCCCACCUGAGGAUUUGACGCUGGGAAUGAUGCUAAUAAGACCCUUCCCUGUCUUCAAAGAUGAGGAAGCAGAAGCUGAAAUACCCCUGACAAGAGAGAGAUAUGGAUCGGUUCCUCGAGUUUAUGUUAUCUGUGAAGCCGACGAGAUUGUCAAGCCAGAUUUGCAGAGGUGGAUGAUUGAGAACAAUCCUACUGAUGAGGUCAAAUCCAUAUCUGGUGCUGAUCACAUGCCUAUGUUCUCAAAACCACAUGAGCUCUGCUCUUACCUUUUGGAGCUUGCCAGCAAGUUUGUUUGUUGAAUGAACCGAUUGCCUCGGCUUUCCUGCCCAUGGUAUAAGACUAUAAGUUCAUCUGGCCAAGUUACAGUGCUACUGAAGUAGGGCUGCAAACGAGCCGAGUCGAGUCGAGUUUUUGCUUAGUUUGAGCUCGGCUCGUUUAUUAAUUUUUUAGCUUGAGCUCGGCUCGAACUCGAAUUUUGAUAAUCCAGCUCGAGCUCGAGCUCGGCUUGAAUAAAAAUAAUCUAGCUCGAGCUCGACUCGGUAGAGCUCGAUAAAUGCUCAUUAACAUAGCUUGUCAAGCUGAGUACAAGCUCGGCUCAAGAUGAGCUCGAUUUAAAAUCAUUUUUGCUGGAAAAA